AUGUUUUUUCUCUACGCGGUUCCGUGCUAUCUCGUCGUGGCCGUGGCCGUGCUGAACGGCGCGACAUGGCUGCUCAAAGCCCUCUCGCUCCACGAGACCAAGCAACAGCACGGGCUCAGCCUCAACCUCGCGCCCGUGCGAUCUUUCAUCAACACCACCUACAAGGUGAACUCGAGGAUCCCGUUCCUGGACAAGCCGGAGACGUUUGUCAAGGAGAUCCGCGUGCACCCGAUCAAGUCGUUCCCCGGGCUGAAGGUGCAGACGUGGAAAGUCACCGAGCACGGGCUCGAGUGCGACAGAAUGUACAUGCUAGGCAGAUUCGACGCCGUGCAGCAGAAAUGGGUCAUGGUCUCGCUGAGACAGCACGCGUCGCUGAGCAGGGUCGAGCUGCGUCUGGAGGACGGCCAUUUUGUGGUCGGCUACGGAAACAGGGAUUAUUUCAGCGUGCCGCGGUCGGUCUCCAAAGACUACCUGGAGAAGAUGGCGGGGAACCGCGAGCCGGCAGAACUGUGGAACGUCGACUUCGAGGUGGUGGCACUCGAAAAGCUCGACCUCCGGCCGUUUCUCGCCGUCGUCGGGCUGCCCGAGCACUACAAGCUGCUGUACGCUCCGUUUGGAAAACUGGUCGUCACCAACUCGCCGCAAAACCUCGCCGCACUGCCCAACUACACGCCCGGCUCGCACGAAAAGUACCGCGUCACAAAGUUCCAGGACUACUUCCCGAUCCUGCUGAUUUCCGACGCGGACAUCAGAGACCUCAACGCGCGUCUCGCCAAAGAACACGGCCCGGAGGUGCGCACCACCCCGACGAAUUUCCGUCCCAAUAUCCUCAUCGACGGGCCGGAAAAACCGUACGACACCGACGACUGGUACCGCUUCACGAUCAGCGGCAGGCAGUGGGUCGUGACGUCCAAAUGCCCGCGCUGCUCGAUCCCCAACAUCGACUUCGAGACCGGCAAGCAGCGUGCCAAACAGCCCGUGUCGCGCACGCUGGCGUCGUUCCGUCGCGUCGAUCGGGGCGGGCCCAGCCUGGCCUUCUUCGGCAUCAGCGCCGUGCAGGUCGAGCACGGCUACAGCGUCAGCGUCGGAGACCGCGUCCGGCUGCUCGAGCGCCGCCUCAACCAGUACGGCGAGCUGGCCUAG